CUAUUCAGAUUGUCAAAAACUUUUGUAGUAGAUACAACACUCAUUCUUUCUGAACUUGAAAAGUGAAAAAUGCCAAUCUACUCCUCUUCCGAAUCCGAUGACUUUCCCGCAUCUCCAAAAAGAUUGUUUGGAAGUGAAAAGCCAUUGCAUGCACUUCUUGGAGGAGGGAAAGCUGCUGACAUACUGUUGUGGAGGAACAAGAACUUGUCAGCGGCAAUACUGAUUGGAUCCACCAUCAUAUGGUUGCUAUUUGAAGUCCUGGAAUAUAAUUUCGUCACUCUUCUGUGCCAUGCUUCCAUGAUUCUGAUGCUGGCCCUGUUGAUCUGGUCUAUUGGGGCAGACAUGGUUGACUUGAAUCGUCUUGAUCCUCGGACAAUCACAAUUCCAGAAUCCACCUUCCGGUGGCUGUUUGCUAAAGCCAACAGGAUAUUGUUAAGAUUUUACGAUGUUUCGUCUGGGAAAGAUUUGAAGACCUUUAUCCUGGCGAUCGCAUUCCUCUCGAUCCUGUCAGGAAUUGGAGACUACUUCAGCUCCUUGAACCUGUUAUACACUAGCUGUAUCUGCUUGAUGACUAUACCGGCCUUGUAUGAACGGUAUCAGGGUCAGGUGGAUUAUCUUGCGAGCAGAGGAAACAGGGACAUGAAGAAACUAUACAAGAAAAUUGACUCCAGGAUCCUGAACAAGAUUCCAAGAGGACCAGUUAAAGAAAAGAAGAGAUUCUGAAGGAGGUUUGAUCGGCAUCAAUCACUGACUCCCACAUUUGAAGAUGGUCCUGCCAGAUUAUAGAGCUUAUGUUGGCUGUAGACAUCGA